GGGCCCGGAAGCGGCUGCUUGGGCAGCGGAGGGUGGGGAUGGCUAGGGCUUCGAGCUGAGCCAGGAACUGGUGGACUGGUGGGCUGCUGCACCGACGUGGGAGCCAGAGCUGGAGUCGGAACCCAAGCGUUACCAUGUCCACGCAGAGACUUCGGGAUGAGGACUACCGCGACUACAGCUCCACCGACGCGAGCCCGGAGGAGAGCCCGUCCGAAGGCCUGAACAACUUCUCUUCCUCAGGGUCCUACAUGCGGUUUGGGGAAAGCAACAGCACAACAUGGUUCCAGACCCUGAUCCACCUGCUAAAAAGCAACAUUGGCACAGGACUCCUGGGGCUGCCUUUGGCGGUGAAAAAUGCAGGCAUCUUGAUGGGUCCCCUCAGCCUGUUGGUGAUUGGCCUCGUGGCUGUGCACUGCAUGCGUAUCCUGGUGAAGUGCGCUCACCACUUCUGCUACAGACUGAACAAGCCCUUUCUGGACUAUGGGGAUACGGUGAUGUACGGCCUGGAAGCCAGCCCCGUCUCCUGGCUCCGGAACCACGCUCACUGGGGAAGGCGCAUUGUGGACUUCUUCCUAAUCGUCACACAACUGGGAUUCUGCUGUAUCUAUUUUGUCUUUCUGGCUGACAACUUUAAACAGGUGAUAGAAACAGCCAAUGGGACCACCAGCAACUGCCACAACAACGAGACGGUGAUCCUGACGCCCACUAUGGACUCAAGACUCUACAUGCUUGUGUUCCUGCCGUUCAUGGUGCUGCUGGUGUUCGUCAGGAACCUCCGAGCCCUGUCCAUCUUCUCCCUGUUGGCCAAUAUCACCAUGGCAGUCAGCCUGGUCAUGAUCUACCAGUUCACUGUUCAGAAUAUCCCGGACCCCAGCCACCUCCCCUUGGUGGCUUCCUGGAAGACCUACCCUCUGUUCUUUGGCACGGCCAUUUUCGCAUUUGAAGGCAUCGGGAUGGUUCUGCCCCUUGAAAACAAAAUGAAGGAUCCUAAGAAAUUUUCACUCAUCCUCUACGUAGGAAUGACUAUCGUCACUGCCCUCUAUGUCAGCCUGGGGAUUCUGGGUUACCUGCAAUUUGGAGCUAACAUCCAAGGCAGCAUAACCCUCAACCUGCCCAACUGUUGGCUGUACCAGUCAGUUAAGCUGCUGUACUCCAUCGGCAUCUUCUUCACCUACGCCCUCCAGUUCUACGUCCCAGCCGAGAUCAUCAUCCCCUUCUUUGUGACCCGAGGCCCUGAGCAUUGCGAACUGGUGAUAGAUCUCUCCGUGCGCACCAUGCUGGUCUGUCUGACAUGCGUCUUGGCCAUCCUCAUCCCCCGCCUGGACCUGGUCAUCUCCCUGGUGGGUUCCGUGAGCAGCAGUGCCCUGGCCCUCAUCAUCCCACCCCUCCUGGAGAUCACCACCUACUACUCAGAGGGCAUGAGCCCCAUCACCAUUGUCAAGGACGCCCUGAUCAGCAUCCUGGGUUUCGUGGGCUUUGUGGUAGGGACGUGUCUGACCCUGUACGAGCUGAUCCAGCCAAGCAGCGCUCCCAUCUUCGUCAACUCCACCAGUGCCUUUGUAUAGCAAGCUGGGUGCGACCCUGCACCAGCCCACUCCCCCCUGUGUGUUCCCCCAGCACCUGGCCCCAAAGCCUCAGGUGGGGUCCAGGCUCUGGGGGAAGGUAAGGUCGCUGUCUGGGAACCCCUACCUGGUUCCUGGGUACCCUGGGUCAGGUAGGGAUGAAGACAGGGUAGGGAGUGGGCAGCAGAUUCGCUGCUGCAUGUGAGGUUACCUCUAGCGGCAGCGCCGUCUCUGUUCAUUUGUAUCCAGAACUUUUCACCUCUUUUUCCUGAUCCCACCUCCUCCCUUCACUGCCUUCCUCUCUCCUUCUGACCCACCUCUCCAAAUUAUCCCUGUUGCACAGUUCACUUUAUCUAAAAAUUUCAGUGUCUCUCACCUCAUGUUUUCUCCUUGCCCGGACCACGCCUAGAUGAAGUAAUGUGGGCAUGCCCCUCUUUAUCAAGCCAGGCCCACCUCUUAGCCCUCUCCCAAGUAUUUUACCUCAGUAUUCUCCUGCCUAUUCGAGUCUCCGCCCAGUAGUGGAGCCCACCUAGUAGUUGAAAACCAGCCCCCAAAGCUGGAGGUUUUGGCCUUCACUCUCUCUGGCUUGCCGUGACCCCUGGCAACACCACCUCUUCUCUGGUUUCCUUGCGUGGGUCAUGAUACUGUUAUCUUAGUUGCUCAAACUGCUGAAAGAUAGCAAGUGCUGCCAAAAUUGAAAAUAUUUAUAUUUUAUUUAAAACCAGAUUUUGUUUUUAGAUUCUGUCUCUAGAUCUGGGACUAUUUGCAACUUGUUCCUUCCUCAGUGAACUAGAACUCUCACUCAACUACUCCUUCUGAGAGGAAACUGAAUCCAGGAGGCGUCUAUGGAGGCCCUUAGCCCCCUUGGCUGAGGACCCCAGAGCUUUUAGUCAGGACCAUCGAAGUGCGGACCUCUGCGGGGAGUCACGGACUUUGCCUCCCAUCGGCAAACCUGAUUUCCUCCUGAGAAGGCAGGAAGGACUCAGGAGAUGUUUGCCAACGCACGAGGCGGAGGGGAAGAAUGGCGAUGUGGGGUGGGUUUCUCUCCAUAGGAGGCUUAGAAAAUUGCCACUUUGUGCAUUCAGACCUGUUCCCCCACCUCAGCUCCUGACGGACAGAAGGCACGGCAGCAUCCAGGAGGACACCCCGAUUCUUGCCGUGAACGAGAAGAUGAGGCCAGUGUGAAAGGCAGUUCCCAGAGUUUGCAGCAGCUGGUCUGACACUACAUGUGGUGCUCGGUUGUUUACAAGCCCCGGAGGACGGGGUGGGUGGGCAAACACAGUGCCCAGCCCUGAGCUGCCUCCAGGAUCUGGACUUCCAACGGAAGCACUUGGUUGGGACUUUGGUCUCCUGUGUUCUGAACACUAAUCGUGCCCUCGUCCCUCUCCCCGCCACCCCGCAUGCCUCCCUGGGUAUCAGAAAAGAGGCAGCCUCAGGGCUGACUCACCUCAAGGUCAACCUUCAGGUUUGGGGACAAACUGCAGACAAAGCUGGGAAAUGUCCAUUGCGCUGUUGGCUGCCUCUUCCUCCCUCUUGGUGUGAGAGGUAUCACAGGUUCACUGAAUCUGUGUCUCUUGAGUUGUGUAUGUGUGUGUGUGCACGCACACACUCCUGUGUAGGUAACAGGGUCGUGCUGUCCUCCACCCCUGCCAGCCUCUUACCUGAAAGUGGGGAGAGCAGCACUACUUUAUCAGGGGUUUACUUUUUGUGUUUCACCAAAGCUCCUGGGGGCCGGGACCCACACUCACAGCCCCAGCCUUUUUCUUUCUCUUCUGUUCCAAAGCCACUGUCUCAUUCAUUGACACCUGACCUACCUAAUCAUUUGUUCACUUAGGAAGAUGCAGUCAGUGGUGAUCUGAUCUCCCUUAGGAAAGUGAACACUUUCCCCCAUUCUUUUGGCUCUUUGGUGGUCACUCACAGGUGCUCACUUGACCAGGGUUCUAGCUGGAGGUGGCAGUGGCCCUGCCCUUUGGAGCCUCAAGCUUUCUAACUAGCUUCUGGUUACCAAAGUGUAACUUCAAGAACCAUCAGCUCCCAUUUGCAAGCCCAGGCUCCAGCGUCUUUCCAGAGCGGUCCUGAGUAUUGUUUCCAUCGAGAAGGUACGGGCCAGUAUUAGGGGCUCAGACAUGUGUCCCACCCGCAGCUUCCACGUUGGAGGCUUCUGUGUGCUCAGGGCACUGCUAGAGGCAGUCCUGUCCAGGCGGCCCUUGAGACUCUGCCUGGGAUGCUGGGACCCGACGACUGGAUGCAGGAUCCUGAGGUCUUCUGGCCCCAGGUCUAUUGCUUCAGGGCCCCUGCCCAGGGAACCUGGAGUGUAGGAGAGACCGCUGCAGCCUUGGGGUUUCAGCAAACUAGCUUGGCCUGGCCUUGGCCCUGUUCGAUUGUUUGCUGUGCUUUUUCUCCUCGGGCAGCCCGAUCACACGGCUGCUUCAGGAGACCCGGGCAAGGCGGAUGCCUUGGGGACCUUCCUGCCUUGUGCAGUUGCACAGCAAUCAGGCGUUGAGUAAAGGGUCGGCCAGACAGUUGUAGUGGAGGAAGCCCUUCCUUUUACAGAAGCAGCCGGCGAGCCCAGCUCAGGGAAGCUUACUCCUCCGCUGCCCCCGGGGCUUCUCAAGCAGGGCUCCCUCCCUGCUGCCUUUGCAGCCUCUUCCUGGGCCCUGCUUUAGUUUCUGGUGAAGAAGCCCCGGCAUAAGUAGGAGACCAAUCAGGGAGGAAAAGAGCAAAGGCUUGCAGGAAUGUGAGGCCGCAUCUUCCUGACCAAAGGUAAACGAUAGGGCUUUCUGGCCCAGCACUGUUCCACUUUGUGUCCUUUUCCAUUCUCCCCAGGGCGGCCCCAGGUUCCAUCAGCCCAGAGGUAGCUUCUCAGAGCCCUUUGUUCCCUCCUGCAGACGCUGCUAUGGGGAGCAGGUUUCCAACUCCCUGCAGGUAGUAUACCUCUCCUUAAAUGCAGGUUCUUGCUGGGAACAGCGUGACCUGGCAUCCUCUAGUCACUUUUUCUAGAAGUUGUACCAUUCACAAGUGGCAUUAUUUAUAUUUAUGUUGUGCUGCUAAGAGCCCUUCUGUGCACAGACCCUGGCCAGACGGAUGUGACUGUGUGGUGUGUCUUAGCCUAGAACCUGCAGCUUAACUCCUCUGUACUCACCUCUCCAGUCAGAUUCACUGGCUGAUAAUGCUCACCGUUUACCCUCUACCCCCACGAAAGGCAAACUUUGCAGUUUGCAAAGUUGUCUUAAAGUGAUGAUCUCCAAACAGGUAUGUUAGGAAAAUCUUUUCCUCCUCCUUGUUCUCCUGCCUGGCUUUUUUCCUCAAAUCUCUCCCAUCCUAAAUUGUAGAACAUCAUCUCUGUUUAACACUACAUGUUCACCUCAUGUUUUUUGGAAGUGCAGAAUCUCAGUUUGUGAGAUUGUUUAUGGCUCUCUCUAUUCACUACUCACCGCAAGGGAGUCUGUAUCAGUUUAUUUCAUGGCUGAUUGGAUGUUCAGGUGAGCCCUGGCAUCUACCUAGCUCAGAACACAAAGCUGCUUCUUCUCUGUGGAAAUAAAAUUAAAAAGGCUUGACUUGAUGUACAGGAGUCGGCUCCAAGUCUGCCUUAGAAUUUCAUUUUCCAAGGUACAUUACGCAUCUCCAAGACCAUUAAGAGGAAAGGAAAGAGUACGGUUUGUAUUGAAAUCAUGGUUAAUACUUUUAGACAGUCCUGCUAGUUGCAAGGCUGUUUGCACUCACAGCAUCAGCCUGUGACAUUUCUUCCAUGUCCUUUGUACCCCCGGGUCUUUCCCUGGCCAGGGGACAUAAAUGGUGCUGAGCUGAGGUUACCAGAGUCGUGGUGGGGAGUAAUGGUGAAGGUGCCUGCUGUCAGCCAUGUUCUUUUGUUUCAAUCAAGGUGAUGCUGUGGAAGUAGUUUUGUUUUACUGAACAAUAAAAUUAUGUGACUCUGUUGUAAACCAUGUCAGUGGAUGUGUGAAUAAGAGGAAUAUGAAAAACUGCCAUCCAGCAGGUCUUGAUAACUAGACAGUCCUGUGUAUGUUAUGUGCCUGUGUGGGUGUGUGUGUUCUGAAUGGUACAUGUAGAAAUAUGGAUCAUGCAGGAACUCAUGGAAGAUUUUGUUUUGGGUUCUGCACAUGGAUCAUGUGUUAAACUUUUCCUUAAUAAAUGAACUUUAUUUUUUAUUUUUGAGA